AUUCGUGGGCCUAUAUAAUGCCUCUGGCGAGCCCCUACAUUCAUCCAGUCGCAUUUGUUGUUGGACAUCUUAGUAUUCGGCGUAUAGUUUCUGUGCAAACUGUCCUACAUCAAUUCGAAACAUGUCUUCGAUCCACGAGCUCAAUGAUCCUGCUUCAAACACGAUUGGAGUAAGGACCUCUCCUGAGCCCAGCGAGGUCUUUCGGCAAAUUUUCGCCCUGUCCAUGGCCUCAAACGCUCUUUAUACAUCGAACGGCAUCCAAGACGAUCUCCUACAGUGCAUACAGACCAAGUUACCCGGCAUCGUCUCUGCUAUCAGCGGCCAGUGGACAGUGGUAUGGGGCCCGGUGAUAUGGAAAGCUGCGCCGGACGAUGAAGAAACCGGGCCUAGUAACACGUGGUUUAUCGCGCAUAGUCCGAGCGUCCUCUUCGAUGAUGGGAAAGAACGUGAGGCAUACGUGAUAGCUAUCGCUGGGACGAAUGCCAAGGCAGGUUCUGGUGGCUGGGAACAAAACCUUGGGGUUGACAGAGUAGUGGACUUUCCCGCGUGGGUGACAAGCGGAAUCACUCAACCUCCGGUACCAGUGGACCGAGUAAGCGUUGUACCUGAUGGGACAUAUGUGGCCAAUGGAACGGCCACUGGUGUGCACAUCCUGCUUUCUGAGCAUUCCCCUCCAGGCUCAGCUUCAGCGGGUCUCACACUUUAUGAAUACCUGACUGGUAUAAUCGCAUCGGAGUCAACGAGAGUGGUGUUCACGGGACACAGUCUCGGCGGGGCCUUGUCUCCUACGUUGGCACUUGCGCUUGCUAGAUCGGGUGCCCUGAAAGGGAAAGCGCUGGUGUAUCCCACCGCUGGACCAAGCCCCGGCAAUGGCAGCUUUGCAAAUCUCUUUGCAGAAACUUUUCCAACGUCCCCGAGCACAACCCCUGAGACUCGAUAUGCAGUCUGGAACAGAAACAUCAUCAAUUCUCUCGAUAUCGUACCGCAGGCGUGGUGCACGAACCCCACAUUAUCACCUGCGCAGAACAUGGACAACAUUCCGCCCAUAUACGGCGUUCCAGUUAUAGAAUAUGUCCAACAAAUCACCAGUCUCCUCAAAUUCAGUGCCAUCAGUUCGGACACGGUGUACAUCCCACUCCAGAGCUGCAUCCUUCCCGGCAUCAAACCUCAAACGGUCCCAGAAACUGAGACUGAGUUUAUGCGUGUUGCAUUGGAUCAACACAUGGCGUUUUACUCCGGCGUAUUUGGUGUGGAGGCACCAGAGUUAGACUGCAAGAAGCUCACAAAGAAGACGGAGGAGGAGAUGUUCCUUGAAUUUCCUGUCAUUGGUGACAUUGAGUGGGGAAAGGAACACCGAGCUGAAGUGGAGGCCGCAGUGUCCGCGCUGCAAGGCGAGUGAGGGUACACCCGACGACGGUGAGGAGUGAAGAGUUUAGGCAUUCGGAUGGGCCUCGGAGCGAGUGUACGUUAAGCAAUUUGUAUGUACGAUUUGAGGGCAACUGUGAUACGUUUGUGGUGAUUCUGAAUGAAAAAAUGCUAUAGGACAUGUAAGUCCAUUCAAUUGCAAAGCGUCCGUAGUCAAUAUGCGAAACAUUGAACACGACUACUUCAGAGCGCUGCGACAGCCUGUCUCACUAGGUAAGUGGACCAACGUUUAGAAGGAAGAUAGUCCGAGUCGGUCCUUUAAAAUCAU